UUUAUGGAAAAUUGUGGUUUUUGUGGCUUGAGAUGUCCUAGCAAAGUUGCCCCCAUCUGACCGAAGAUGAUUCUGAGUAUUCUAAUGUCUUCUAUUCUAACGAAAUAAACCAUCUUCAGUACCAUUCCAGAGGGAGGCGAUGGAAGCUGUGGCUGAACUUUUCAAAAGGAUGAGAUGUCAGGUGUCAUUCAUAUCCCUGACGCUACAUAGCAAAAGGAGACCUCCAAUGGGAUUUAAUUUUUCCAUACCCAUUGAGUGACCCUACCUUGGAGCAGUUUUAGCCCUACCUUGGCUAUAAAGGUUGGCCAAGUGGCUCACCAUUGGAUCACGCUGACGAGCUCCUCCUAGAGUAGAUCCUCUUCCAGCUUUUCCUACCAAUCGAAGUGUUCGUCGUAAGCUCUACAAGUGGCUAUCUGACAGAUGGUGGUGUUUUGCCUUGCCGUAUGCCAGGUAUCAGAUCCCACAACCAGGAAGUGGCAGUCUGAACAUCCCCAUACCCUUCAAAGUCCAGCUGCAGAAAAAGUAAUUUACUUAUGGAGUCGUAUUUGCGAUUUCGAAAUCCGCCGAUCAGUUUCAGGGAUAUUAAUAUGUCUACAUAAAAGUCAAAGUCCCCCUGGUCAUUAUGGAGCAUGAAGCAACUUAAAAAUGUAGAAAGCACUCCAGUCACUCAUACAGGUGCGUCUUCACUUUCGCCGACUAAGGGCGUUAAGAAAGCUUCUUCUACAGAUGCCUAGAGAAGGUGGAGUAUCAACAGAGGCAGAGAAAGAGUCAAAUACAGCGGCUGAGCGAGGUGGGUGCAGGCAGUGGCGCUGUAAAACGCUUUUUAAGGGGGUUAGGAUUGUUGGCAAAAUAGCUUUUCUAAUUUAGGUUAUAAAAAUGAUUUACAAUAAUGAAGAAAUUAAUUUUGGUACCCUCCUAUCACCCUUCACCUUCUGAAGGAUAAAAUUUCACUAAACUAUCGGGUGUCACAAUUGUUGUUUGUAUUGUUUUAGAAAAUUCAAUUCAAUUAAAUGCUAUAACCAAAAAACCCUUUUUAAAUAUAAACACAUUUGUAAUCGUAGCCAAUUAACAAUCGAUAGUAAUCGAUUCCGUGGCGCCAACUGAGUUGCGAAAUUAAAUCUCGCCAUAUAAACAGGAAAUAGCCUGUUUUGCAUUGGUCUCAGGUCCCAUUCAAGAGUAUAAAGGCAGCGGGACUGGCAUUCUAUUCAAACAAUAUUUGCUCGUCGAGCGAUAAGCAUCAAAACCUAGAAAAGCCACAGCGGCAAAGUGAUAGUGUGAAAUUAAGCAAACAAAGUCUUGAAAAGUAAACAAAUUUGGCUCCAGUGACUCUCAAUAUUUAAACUACCUAAUUACAACCACCGACUUAAUCUCGUCAAGAAACCCGGAGAGCACGGAUAUGGAUGGACAGACGAAUCGCGUUAUCCCCGAUGGUGGCUAUGGAUGGGUUGUUGUGGCCGCCGUGGCUUUGAUCAAUAUGACCAACCAAUCCAUUCUGUCGGUAUUUGGCCAGCUCUUUGUGGGCGAGCUGCAGGGAGACACCUUCACGGCUGCCCUGAUCACCAAUCUAAACAGUUUGGCCCUCAACUUUUCCGGCCUCUUCAUUGGACCCGCCAUCAAGAGCUUCAAGCCUAGGAAUGUGGCCGCCACAGGCUGUGUCCUAGUCUCCUUGGGCCUGACUCUUUGCGCAUUUGCCACCCAGAGCUGGCACUUCAUUGUGGGCUACAGCUUGUUCGUGGGCUUUGGAUUGGGCCUCAUCUCGCCCUCCACGUUCAUGGCCAUUAAUUCCUACUUCAGCAGCAAGCGCGGACGGGCUGUGGGUGUGUCACUAGCAGGUGCUGGCAUGGGACAGGUGCUCAUCCCUCAUCUGGUGCGUUACCUCCUGGAGAACCACGGCUUUCGCUCUGCAGUCCUGGCCAUGUCCUGCCUAUCGCUAAUUGGACUCAUUGGUGCCGUCUUCUUGAAACCCCUAAAUCCGCCUGCCAAGCACAACAACCGCAGACACAUUCGACUGCUGGCCGAGGGAGAUGGCGACAAGACUCAAUCUAGUCCCCUGCAAGUGGUGAUUGUAUCUUCAAACCAAAGCAAGGGCGAGGUUAGCCCACCGAAAGCAGAUACUCUGUGCAGCCGAAUGGCACAGCGUGUGGUGCAGGCCAUGGAUCUGGAGCUGCUCAAGGAUCUGGUGUUCUGGAGCAUUAUCGUAGGCAUGGCCCUAGUCUACACGGCCACCAUUAACUUCACAAUGAUCUUCCCGGGUUUUCUUGGACAAACAGCCAAACUGAACAGCCAGUAUGUGGCCUUCUGCAUGUCCGUGGUGGCAGGAGCCGAUAUCGUGUGUCGCCUGCUACUGCCCAUUAUCACGGAUCACCUGAGAAUCCCCUACCGUGUCGUAUUCCUGAUCGGCAUCGCUGGACUCUUCGUCGCCCGUUGUGUGCUGGCCGAGAGUCAAUCGCUCCCGGUAAUCAUCUCCAUGUCGGUGCUAACGGGCAUGAUGAAGUCGGCCACCGUGAUUAAUAACAAUCUCACCAUAUCGGCGCAUUGUCGCGCGGACAAACUAGCCGGCGGACUGGGACUGAGCAUGAUGUCCAAGGGCCUUAUUGUUAUCACAGUGGGUCAGCUGCUUGGAUGGGUGCGAGACUACGCAGACUCCUACAUCAUCUGCCUGUACGUUCAGGGAGCGAUUCUGCUGCUGGUGGUUAUGGUUUGGACGCCCGAGAUCUUCUACCGCCACCGCAGGCAGCGACGUGCCACCAAGUCCAUGGAGACGCAAUCUAUGGACGCACCCGAAGAGGUGACCAAGCUCAAUUCGUAAACAGCUGUCGUCACUGGUCUAGAUAGUAUUUUUAAGUGAGGAAGUUUGGUAUUGACUGUCAUGUGAUAGGCGGCAGAAUGGCUUCCUGGAGGGAAGCAUCUGGCCUCGCCGCAGUAGUUAUCUGGGUUGUGACCAAGGACCAGUGUCAGGAACAGCACUAUUUGUAUGACUAUGCAUUUUAGGCUUAGGUUUUCGAUUAUUUAUUACCAUUUAGCCCGUAGAGACUUAACUUUUUGUACUGCCAUAAGAGCCAAAAUAAAAAUUAACCAAGUAUUCGUAUUA